AUGGCGGCUGUAUUUUUCAUUAGACUAUUAUUUGUAAUCAUAAAUAAACAUUUUUUACAUAAAAUAUAAGUAAAUUUCAUAAUAAAAAUUACCUUUUAAUUUAAACAUAAAUAGUGUAUCUAUUAAAUAAUAUCAUAAACAAAUAAAAAAUCGUAAUAAAUGUAAUUUUGCGGAAUAUGGAAAUACACGAUGUCUCGAUAAAUGUAAAAAUGGAUUCUCACAAUAUGCACGAAGUGCCUGUUAUUCAUGACGCGAACAUUGUACACGUUAAAAUGGACACCCAUUUACACGAAGUGCCUGUAACGCACAUACAAAUACCGUUAUCACAACCAGCGCCUAUGCCUCAACCAGUAGACCAAAACAUAUCACAAAAUCCUGAACAAACAAUAUCAGAGGAAGCAUUAAAACCUCGAAUCGAGAAGAAGAAGAAGGAAGCAAUUGACGGGCAAGCUAGAGAAAUAAUUUACAAAGUGAUUAAGUUUUUUGAAAGUGAGAAACAGAAUAGGGGUUACGCGUUUCCUGUAGAGAACGUCGUGAAACGCGCUUGUGCAGCUACAGGAUUGUCAGAGAGUACGAUUAAACGCAUAAAGAGGGAAGGCCUACGCGCUGAAGCUACACACACAAAAAUGGCUGGGCCUAAAAAGAAAAGAGUUCGCAAAACAAAGGUCCAACUCGAUUACUUCCAACUUUGUGCACUAAGAGGCAUUGUCAACAGUUAUUCUAUGCGUAAAGAAGUUCCUACGUUAGGUAAAAUACUGGCAGCUGCGAAACAUGAACUUAAUUAUAGAGGCGGUAAGGAAUCGUUGCGGUUAAUAUUAUUAAAUAAACUAGGUAUCAAGUUUAAGAAAUGCGAAAAGAAAAACAAAAAACCUCCCGAACAAAAUCAACAGCCUCUCCAGCAAAUGCCAAAUGUUAUGACGCAUUUGCCAAUGCAACAAAUGAAGCCGGAGAAUCAAUGUAUCUACACAAACAUGAUGCCGCAGGUUCCUCCUGUCUCCUAUUGAGUAUAAUCUAGAUUGUAAUAUUGUAAAUACUUAAUUGUAAGCAAAGUAAUAUAGACUCGAAUAUAUUUUAAAAGGUUGAAACUGAGUUUUGAGAAGAAUGAUAACAAAUUUAUCAAAAGCAUUCACCAUGGACAUGAUUUAUUUAAAUAAUAUUUUACGACAAUAAGUAAUUUAAAAAGCAAUACUUAAUUUUAUAACAAAUAAUAAUUUUUUAUCAUCAGAACUGGAAAUGGUUUAUAAUAUUAUUAAUACAAUUAUCGAAUGGUUGUAGUAACUAGGAUUAUCGUCAAACCAUUUCCUAACGGGAUUAAAUGUAAGUGAUGUGAGUGCUGUUUAGUUUUACUGAAAAAUGCCUCGAACUUGUGCUAAUAUUACGAAAAUCAUAUACUUUUAUUUUUUUUUAUUUUAUAGAAUAGGAAGGCGGAUGUGCAUAUGGGCCACCUGAUGAUAAGUGGUCACCAAUGCCCAUAGACAUUGGCAUUGUAAGAAAUGUUAACCAUCGCUUACAUCACCAAUGUGCUACCAACCUUUGGAACUAAGAUGUUAUGUCCCUUGUGCCUGUAAUUACACUGGCUCACUCACCCUUGAAACCGGAACACAACAAUACCAAGUACUGCUGUUUUGCGGUAGAAUAUCUGAUGAGUGGGUGGUACCUACCCAGACGAGCUUGCACAAAGUUUGCUUACUUCAUUGUCAACUACAUAACCAAAAUAAUACUACAUUAAAAAAAGAAAUACCACCUAGAAAAACCAAUUGAAUGACAUUACAAUUAUUACUAAAAAAAAACUAAGUUUUAAAAUUUUCCUAGUGUAUUAAUUAUAUUAGUUUAUUCUCAAAAUCAAUAUAAAAUAUAGAAUUUGUUUUAUGAUUUGACUGCCAAUUGGUUUUAAAAUAAAUUUAAAUCAAAAAUUCUACAAUGUUAAAUUAUCAUUAUGAACUUAAAAAUAUAUAUUAAUUUUAACAUUAAAUAUCUAUUUUAUGAUUUAUAAAAAUUCUCAUAAUACAUAAUAAUACCUCAUACUGUUGAUUGAAAUGUUAAAUAUUUGAUAUUAUUUUCUAAUUUCAGUAAAAAUUUUGUAAAUUCAAUGCAAAGUGAUAUGCAACAUUAACUACAUUAGAAAAUUAAGUGACACGAAUAUAAUUUUUGCAUCAAAAUAGCAUACAUUAUGUCUAUUUUUCAAUAUUACAGUGAUUUAUUACAGAAUAGCACUCCGGUUUUUUCAUGUUGUCAUCUUAAAGUAAUAAAGGAAUUAUUGAGGCAUGUAUGUAAUAUUGAUGAACAGAACACAAAUGAGAUUACUAUGUAUAUUUAUACACAUAGUGUAUACCGAAUUCCAAUGAGUAAAUAUGAACAAAAAAUCUUGAAUAAUCUAUGGUUAAGUUUUCAUCGGAAGUUUGGAAGUAAAAUUCAAUUGAUAUUGGUAUAUAGUAUAAAUUUGCUAUGUGACAUCUAGUCCUAAUGACUAAAUCUUUCAAAUACCGUAUAUUAUACUCGAAUCGAUGAAAUAAAAUAUACACUGGUAUUUUAAGUUCUGUCUAUGGUUUUUGUUUUUUUUUUAUAUAUAUAUAUAUAUAAUCUGUAUCAGUCUGA